ACGUGGUGUUAGAAUAGGACACUGAGCAAUGAAGCUUGUAGCUUUAGGUACGGCAUUAGCUGUGGCAUUCUCAAACAAACCGAUCUCUGAUCCUUGUCGCUAAUAUAAUAUCUCUACUUCCUCUUCUCGUUUCUCUCACUCUCUCCCUGAAAGUUGCUUUGGUGAAGAAGUAAAGACACCCCAUCCCCAAGAGAAAUUAGAACUUUCUCUCUCUCUCUCUCUCGCAGAGGGGGAGGAGGAGGACAUUUGUUGCAUCUUCCUCUCUUGGCUGAACUGGAUUAUAAUAUAGCAUAUCGACCACCAUGUUUCACCGCCGGAGCAAUUCCCAUCGGGAUCAGGAGGAUGAUUCUCUGCGACAUGAGUCUAAGGUCAAUGAGCUAAGGAAUGCAAUUGGACCAAUAACAGGACGCAGUUUACAAUAUUGCACUGAUGCAUGUUUGAGAAGAUAUCUGGAAGCUCGUAGCUGGAAUGUGGACAAAGCGAAGAAAAUGCUGGAGGAGACACUUAAAUGGAGAUCGACUUAUAAGCCUGAAGAGAUUCGUUGGCAUGAGGUUGCUAUUGAAGGGGAAACAGGUAAAGUGUAUAGAGCAAAUUUUCAUGAUAGACAGGGAAGAACUGUACUUAUACUGAGGCCAGGAAAGCAGAAUACAAAAUCAUUAGACAAUCAGCUCCGACAUUUGGUGUAUCUCUUAGAGAACGCCAUACUUAACCUUCCAGAGGGCCAAGAACAAAUGGCAUGGUUGAUAGACUUCACUGGAUGGUCGAUAAGCAAUAGUGUGCCCAUCAGAACAGCUCGUGAUACUAUUAAUAUACUACAGAACCACUAUCCUGAGAGGCUAGCCAUAGCAUUUCUGUACAAUCCUCCACGGAUUUUUGAAGCAUUCUGGAAGAUUGUGAAGUAUUUCUUGGAUGCUAAAACAUUCCAGAAGGUGAAGUUUGUGUACCCUAAGAAUGUUGAUAGUGUAGAACUUAUGAAGUCAUAUUUUGAUGAUGAAAAUCUGCCAACUGAGUUUGGGGGAAAAGCCAUGUUGGAGUAUGACCAUGAAGAGUUCUCAAGAUUAAUGACUCAAGACGAUGUCAAGGCUUCCUCGUUCUGGGGAUUUGACAAUAAACAUCAACAAGCUACAAAUGGACAUCAUGGUGCUGAGGUGGCUCCAGAGCCAAUGGCGUAGUUCCCCCAGCUAUCUAGCUUCCCAUCUUCAGUGAGUUAGUGUAGUGGAAGCAUAAAUCCACCUUGGUAUGUAAGAUUUUGAACGUAAGCCAGCUAGUGGAUAGGUAAUGAUCUUUAAUUUUACCAACAAAAGCUAUCAGCAAUGUUUGUGGGCUUCUAGCUAGAAUAAUGGAAAUGCUGCCAUCUUUUAUUACUAAAAGGGAGCCUUAUGUUUCUUUUUUUUGCAAA